AUGGGGAUGUGGGUUGUGGGCGCUAGUAUAAAAAGGGCAUCUUCUGUGGGCUCAGACCCGAACCGUAACAAUACACAUGUUAGGGAUAUUCAAGAACAGAGAUCUGUACACAACACUGAGCUUCCUAUAACAAGUGGAGAAGAUACACAUGUUAGGGAUAUUCAAGAACAGAGAUCUGUACACAACACUGAGCUUCCUAUAACAGUUGGAGAAGAUACACAUGUUAGGGAUAUUCAAGAACAGAGAUCUGUACACAACACUGAGCUUCCUAUAACAGUUGGAGAAGAUACACAUGUUAGGGAUAUUCAAGAACAGAGAUCUGUACACAACACUGAGCUUCCUAUAACAGUUGGAGAAGAUACACAUGUUAGGGAUAUUCAAGAACAGAGAUCUGUACACAACACUGAGCUUCCUAUAACAAGUGGAGAAGAUACACAUGUUAGGGAUAUUCAAGAACAGAGAUCUGUACACAACACUGAGCUUCCUAUAACAAGUGGAGAAGAUACACAUGUUAGGGAUAUUCAAGAACAGAGAUCUGUACACAACACUGAGCUUCCUAUAACAAGUGGAGAAGAUACACAUGUUAGGGAUAUUCAAGAACAGAGAUCUGUACACAACACUGAGCUUCCUAAAGGGGGAAAUGUAUAUACCUUUUCUCUUGGAGAAAUGCAAAAUUUAGCCCAGCAGUGGACAAAGCAGACAGAAGAUGAAGAAUCUGAUACUCCUUCUUCUACUGUUGUUUUUAUUGAGGAACAAGAACAUGGUAUUUUUAAGUUUACAGAAAUCAAACAAAUAUCAAUGUUUAAAGGUGAAACCAAAGGACCAACAGAUGAUAAUCAUGAAGUGGUUUAUGAGGCAGAAGCUGUGAUAGAAACAGAAACUUUUGCAGAUGAUACUUUGAUUUUUCCAAAGGAUGAGAUACAGGAAAUCAUUGGACAUGAUGUCAUGGAUGUAGAUGAUGGGAAAAAAUGUAAAAAGAGAAGAUGGAAGAGAAUUAGGUACACAGAUUCUGAUAUGGAAUUCGAAGUUGAUCCUCCAGCUGAAGGUACAUGUAGUAUCAAAAGAACGAAAGUCAGUAAUGAGACAUGUGAGUUGGUUUAUGAUAUUGAUAACAACAGUGAUAACAACAGUGAUAACAACAGUGAGACAAGUGAACAAUAUCCUGUACUCCCAAAGCUGCAGUGCUCAGUUGGCAAAAUUGAGUUGAGUUCUGAGGAUUCUGAAGAUAUUGACGACUUAAUAGAUGAAGAUAUCAUUAUAAGAGAUGUUAAACACAAGGAACUAUACAUUACGGGUGUGAAAAAAAAUGAAUUUACUAAAACGGGUAAAAUGAAGAAAACAGAGAGGGUAUAUAAUUCCCACCACCCCUGUCCAUUUUGUGGCAUAAUGCAGACUAAUUUUUCCCACCAUAUAUUGUCUACUAAACAUAUGGAAGAACAAGAAGUUAAAGAAAUUAUAAAACUAGAUCUUUCAAACAGUAGUUCUGAGGAAAAAAAGAAAAUUAUGAAAGAUAGAAAAAGAAUGAUUGAUCUGUUAAGAUUAAAAGGAUGUCAUCAUCAUAACAUGAAAGUCAAUCAAAGUAAAACCGGAGAAAUCAUAUUGGCCCGUAGAAUUUUAACGUCCGGAUCUUUUGACAUUGAAAAGUAUGGAGCGUGUCCAUCAUGUCUUGGGUGGUUUUUAAUAUCAAAUUUUCAAAGGCAUCAAUCAAAUUGUCCUGGUAAUUAUAGUAGAACGAAACAAAGUAAGGCUAGUUUGAUAACCCAGUCUCAGAUAAUAUCUAGAAGAAUUUCAGAUGAGGCUAGUCCUGCUUUAGUCAGAGAGGUUUUUAGUAUAAUGACCAUAGAUGAAGUCUCAAAGGUUGCAAAAAAUGACAAACUAAUUAUAUCAUUAGGAAAUCAAUGGAUGCUGUCUAACAUGGGCAAUCGUAUAAUGAGGAAAUACUAUACAUCUUCUGUGAUGAGAUUGGCAGCCAAGCUUCUGACUUCUUUAAGAAGCAUCACAGGUUUGAAGGAACAUUCAAUGGAGCAGUUCAUAGAAGCAAAAUAUUAUGAAUAUUUUGCCAAAGCUGCAUUGAUUUGUAGUAAACAAGUUGUAAAUGAUGAAGAAGAUUUGAAUAGCCCAAGCAAUGCAAUAAAACUUGGAUAUGACAUAAAACGUAUGGCUUCUGCAAAACUUGGUGAAGCUUUAGUGGAAGGUGAUGAUCUAAAGAAAUCCCAAGCAGAAAACUUUUUAACACUAGUGAAUAUGAGUUGGAGCUUGAAAGUGACAAAACUAGCAAGAAUGGUUCUAGCAGAAAGAAAUUUUAAUAUUAUUAAGCAACUUCCUCUACCUGAAGACAUUCAAAAAAUGGUUUCUUUUAUGGUGGAAGAGCUUAAUAAAUUGGACUUGCAGGAUGUUGCAUACAAGAUAUUUAGAAAGGCUGCUGUUCUUGCUUUAGCUAGGAUUACAUUGUAUAAUAGAAGAAGAUGUCAUGAAGUUCAAGCUUUAAAUUUAUCGGAUUACAGGAGGAGAAAAAGUACCCCAGAUGAAGUGGCUUUGCAAAUGAGCCAUGAGCUCACAGAGUUUGAAAAGGAGCUUCUUAACACGCAGGAGGUGGUAAUGAUUCGAGGGAAGGGUGGCAAGGCGGUUCCGGUUAUUAUCCCAAAGGAUGCUGUAAAUGUGUUGGAAUACCUGUCAAAUGACUCUAUUAGACUCAAAGUUGGAAUACCUCCUUCGAAAUAUUUGUUUGCUAAUUCCAAUGCAGGUGUUUUUAGGGGCUAUGAUGCCAUUGGUGCUGUAAAAAAGGAAGCAGGAUUAAAGUUGCCAAACCUUGUUAAAACGUCUAACAUGAGGAAGUAUAUGGCAACAAUGAUGCAGUCAUUGGACAUAACAGAAAACCAACGUCAAUGGAUCCUAGAUCACCUAGGACAUACUAUGGAUGUCCAUAGGGUCCAUUAUAGGCAAACAAGUGAUUUAAUAGAAAGGGUUCAUGUAUCAAAACUUUUGUUAAUCCAAGACUUUGGUAUGGUGAAAGAUUUUGUUGGCAAAAAAUUGGAGGAUAUUCAACUAGAAGAUAUUGUACCGCAAAAAAAAGACAUAUCAGCAGUAAGUGAAGAUGAUGCAGAUAUAGAUACACCAAACACAGGAAUUGAUAAUAUAGCAGAGGACUUUAUUCCAGAAUUGCAUGACGAUGAAGUUGAUGCUGAUUUCAGCAUUCCAAUUCAAGAACAUAGACCUGAUAAAAAGAAAUCUAGAAAAGACAAAGUUCAACGCCAAAAAUGGUCAGAGGAUGAUGUCCAGGAACUAGAGGACCUGUUUUCAGUUAAUCUUAAAAAACUGAAAUGUCCAAAACAAGCCGAAAUUGAAAAAAAAAUUUCAAUUAGCAAAAAAAAUGGUGGUCUUAUCCACAAAAGAAAGCGUGAUAACAUCAAGAAGAAAGUCAGCAAUAUGAUUCAAAAACUCAAAACCGUUGAUAAUGGUUAAUAUUGAAAAUUAUUUUACAGGACAAAUAUAAAUAAAAAUAAAUAUUGGCUCACCUGAGGUUAAUAAACUUGUCUUUUUUAUCGCUGACAUAGGGUAGGUUAGGCUGGUUUUUUUUAUUAUUUGUUGGUUGCAUAUUUUAAUAUGAAAUUUUGUAAUUUUGUCUGAGAAGGAAAUAAAAUUCCUAAGAUAUAAUUAUGAAUACAUUUACUGUUUAUUUAAACAAUAUUGUAAACCUGGAAGCAACAAGAAAAUCUCUUUGAAUAAAGCUUCAUAUUUUAGAAGGUUUUUCGAGCUGGAUAAUCCAUAUUUGGUACAUGUGAACUUGACCUCAUUUUCAUGGUUUAAUGACAAUUUAAAAAUUCUGAGUUAAAAUUGGUAAUAGGACAGCUAUUUGGUAAUAAAUUAAUUGCUUAAUAUAUGUGUCUGUCAGACUAGGUUAACCUGACCUUUACCACAUUUCAGGAAUCAGUGAUUAAGUGAGUUAAUAUGACUAGAGAGGAAUAAAACUUAGCAGGGGCCCAGUCGCCCAUGGCCCUAGAUUUUGUGCUGGGCUACUUAAAUUUUGAUAAAAUUUGGUUCAAUAUACAAACGUCAAUUAGGAACAAUUUUGUCUGUGCUACCAGCUUGAAUUUCCCAAGUUUUAUCCCUGCUAGAUCCAUUUCUCAUGUAUUUUAAGCAAUAGGUCAACUGUAGUAGGUGUAUAGAAUGAUUGUUAAGAAUACAUCUCUUAUCUGACAGGGUUGAUCUUGACAUUAACCUUAUUUUCAUGGAUAAUUGAUAAUAUUAAAUUUUCUGUUUUACUUGAAGCAAAACUUUAUAUAUAUAAUUCAGUUAAAGAUCUUCGCUACACUUGUUUUGACUUUUUGUCUGAUAUUUGAAUCCUCUAGUUUUAUCCAUAUAGUGCCACUUCUUGAUUUAUUUUAUUACAUUUGGUUUUAAAAGCCAUUUUUGAAAAUCUUAUACAAUCCUUGUUAUUUUUUAUUUGUUUUUAAGAAAAGGUUCACAAUGUUAAAUGCAUGAAAAAUCUUAAAUUUCCCUACAAAUGUCCUUUUGGUUAUUUCUCUAAACAAGGACAAAGACAUUUCAUUUUUUAUGCUUUUCAAGAUCCGUUAUUUAUAUUCUAUCAGUUUAUAGUCUUUUAAUAAAAUCUUGUUAUUUUGAGACAUAGGAGCUAAUUCUGAUCAUCCUUAAAUCAGUUUAGCAGACCAAACAUUUCAGCAUGUGCACUCUUAGUUAUUUUUGUGUUUAUGUAUAGAUUUAUUUUUAUUUGAUGAUGGGCUUUAUGGGAUUAAAUUUGUACAGGCAUUUUUUUUUGUGAGACUUGGCAACAGUUAAAAUUAUUGUU